AUGUUUCGCCGUCUUUUUACCAGCAUACAACCGACGACUGCCCUGGUCAGUGGCACCCACGCUCUUGCCCUUCGAUUUUGCAUUAGCAUCAACGUCCCAAUGAUUGCGGAGUCCAUUAAUUCGGGAAAAGUCGUGAACUUGACCAAAAAUGUAGGUGAUCCCGUUAGUGAGGAUGAGGUUAUCUGCCAGAUCGAGUCGGAUAAGCUGAACGUGGAUGUACGCGCUCCAGCCGAUGGCGUGAUCACCAAAAUUAACUUCCAAAACGGUGAUGACGUCGAGGUGGGCGCCGAACUCUCAAAGAUGAAGAAACAGUCGGUGGCCCCCAAUGCUGAGACCCCAACGCCCAAGGCCGAGCAGCCCACCCCCAAAUCCGAGGCCCCUGCCGCCAAGGUAGAGGCGGCGACCCCUCCCCCGAAGGCGGAUCCGGCGCCCGAGCGCCCCUCCGCCCCACGUGUGCAGGAGUUCUUCGGUAGCGAUCCACGCAUUAAAAGCGUCCGAAUCUCCUCCAUGCGGCAGCGCAUUGCCGAUCGUCUAAAAGCCAGCCAAAACACUGCCGCCAUGCUCACCACCUUCAAUGAGAUCGACAUGACGCCAAUUAUGAGCAUUCGCAACAAGUUCAAGGAUGACUUCCACAAGCGUCACGACGUGAAACUGGGGCUCAUGUCUCCCUUUGUCAAGGCCUGCGCAAUUGCGCUGAAGGACGUGCCGAGUGUGAACGCCUCUUUCGGCAAAGAUACGAUUGACUACCACAGCUUUAUGGAUAUCUCGGUCGCAGUGGCCACCCCGCGUGGGCUUGUCGUACCCGUGAUACGUGACGUGCAGAAUCUUAAUCUUGCCGAUAUCGAAAGGACCAUCACGGACUUCGCGGAACGUGCGCGGAAUAACAAGCUUACCAUGGCAGAAAUGACGGGCGGUACUUUCACCAUUUCCAACGGCGGUGUGUUUGGUUCGUGGAUGGGCACCCCGAUCAUCAACCCACCUCAGAGCGCGAUUUUGGGAAUGCACGCUAUUAAGAAGAAACCGUGGGUUGUAGGAGAUAAAAUCGAAAUUCGUGAUAUUAUGGCUGUCGCUUUGACGUACGAUCACCGUUUGAUCGAUGGGUCUGAGGCGGUUACGUUUCUAAUGAAGGUUAAAAAUCUUAUUGAGGAACCUACCCGUAUGGUUUUGGAUUUAUCAUAA